AAAAAAAAGCGCGCAUUAAAUGCAAUGAGGGGAAGCAACGAAUGAAGAAAAGGAGAGGAGGUCGCAAGUCUUGUCCCCUUCCCUCCUCCCUUCAGUGGUAGCUGGUGUUGCUACCUGGCUGGCUGACCUGACACGUAGGGAAAGUCAGUGUUUGUGCGGGUUGGUGCCGCGUCUGUGUGUUCGGACGUUGGUCGGGCGCGCUCAUUGAGACCUGCUGGUUCCACGGCUGGUGGUUCCAACACCGAGCGCAUGUACGCCGAUACGAUCAACGCCGAGUCGAGGUGAUGAGGAUCUGAAAGGGAGCACCGAUCGUGCGAGCGCGCUAUCGCCCAAGACGAAGACAGGAUGCAGGUGGAAAGGGUGGAGAGGAUGGAGAGGCCCCAGGGGCGUCCCGUGCAGAUCCUGACGACCAAGGACGAUCACACCUUUGAGUUGGACAAGGAGGCCCUCUCCAGGAUCCUCCUGGCGGAUGAGGUCAAGGACAAGCACGUGGUGGUUGUGUCGGUGGCGGGGGCCUUCCGCAAGGGGAAGUCCUUCCUCCUCGACUUCUUCCUCAGGUACAUGCGUAACUUGGACAAUCCCAACGAUUGGGUCGGAGACCCCGACGCCCCCUUGCAGGGCUUCUCCUGGCGGGGCGGUUGCGAGCGGGACACGACGGGCAUCCUCAUCUGGGAUGAAGUCUUUCAGGUGACGACGUCGGACGGCCAGCAGCUGGCGGUGCUGUUCAUGGACACGCAGGGGGCCUUUGACUGCGAGUCCACGGUGAAGGACUGCGCCACCAUCUUUGCCCUGAGCACCAUGACCAGCUCGGUGCAGGUGUACAACCUGUCCCAGAACAUCCAGGAGGACGACCUGCAGCACCUCCAGCUCUUCACCGAGUACGGCCGCCUGGCACAGCAGGACAUGACGGAGAAGCCUUUCCAGAAGCUGCUGUUCCUGGUGCGGGACUGGAGCUACCCGUACGACUGCCCCUACGGGGCCGAGGGGGGCCAGACGAUCCUGGAACGCCGCCUGCUCAUCUCAGAGCGCCAGCACCAGGAGCUACAACAGCUGCGCAAGCACAUCCGCUCCUGCUUCUCGGAGAUCGGCUGCUUCCUCAUGCCCCACCCGGGCCUUAAGGUGGCUACCGCACCGGCCUUUGACGGGCGGCUGGCCGACAUCGAGGAGGCCUUCAAGGAGCAGCUGCGCAGCCUGGUGCCCAGCGUGCUGGCGCCGGACCGUCUGCUGGUGAAGGAAAUCAACGGCCUCAAGGUCACCUGCAGGGAGCUGCUGGAGUACUUCCAGGUGUACGUGAACAUCUUCAAGGGGGAUGAGCUACCGGAACCCAAGUCGAUGCUCGAGGCCACGGCCGAAGCCAACAACCUCGCUGCCGUAGCCACAGCCAAGGACAAGUACAACACUGGCAUGGAACAGCUGUGCGGAGGGGAGCAGCCGUACAUGAGCCCGCACCAGCUGGAGAGCCACCACCUGCGGUUGCGGGAGUCAGCCAGGGAGCUGUUUGUGGCCACCCGCAAGAUGGGCGGCGCGGAGUUCUCCCAGCAGUACCUCGAGAGGCUCACCGAGGAGAUUGACGGGUGCUUUGCCAACUUCGCCAAGCACAACGAGGGCAAGAACAUCUUUGCGGCGGCGCGCACUCCGGCCACCCUGUUUGCCAUGGUGCUGUGCUUCUACUUCGUGUCGGGCCUGCUGGCCCUGCUGGGCCUCUACUCCUUCGCCAACUUCUGCAACCUGCUCAUGGGCCUGUGCCUGGUGGUGCUCUGCCUCUGGGGCUACGUGCGCUACUCCGGGGACAUGCGCGAAGUGGGGGCCCACAUCGACACUGUCGCCAACCUCGUCUGGGGAAACCUGCUCAAGCCCCUGUACAAACGGGUGAUGCAGGACCGGGUGCUGCCCCCCCACCUGACGGGGGGCGCGGGGGAGGGCACCCGUGCCUCCAACGGGAGGCUCAAGGCCAACUAGGGGUGUCCCCACUCCGUCACCCAAGUGCCUCGGGCCGCGGAGAUGCGCCCGGCGGAGGGGAGCCCUUCCCGCCGAGCGCGCCGCGGCGUGUACAGGAGAGGAGUGUACAGAAGGCUGCGUGUACAUACCCGUCAGGGAUGGCCCCCUUUGUUUUGCUCACUCCCCCUUCUUCCCCUCCUCCGGAUUGUUUGUACCCUCUGGAGAAUAAACGCUGCUCCUCUUUUUGCA